UGUCCGAUGCGCACAUCCAAGUUUAUCAGCAAAAAGCGUCGGUGCUCAGGCUGCUUGGUAUCAAUCUAUUGCUCGGAGAAAUGCCAAAGGACUGCUUGGCGCAAUGGACACAGGAAGUGGUGUCAAGUUCUGAGGUGCACCGUUGGCCCGUGGGGCUCCUCCGAUAUCCGUAACAGUCUCCAAGUCAUUGCAGGCUUCGAAAUUACUCAGAUCUCUGGAAUGGCCAAAGACGUGGAAACGCGCGUUCGUGAAGCACAGCAGAAGUUCCCUGCAUUCAGCGAUAAACUCGUGCUCAUGGUGGAUCUGACUGUGUAUUCGCCAAAGAUGUACGUGCUCCCCGUGCACAUGCUUGAGCAGUUUCCUGGGGAGGAUCCUAUAUGGCCAGAGAUUGCUGAUGAGAUUCGCGCACGAAGCGACUCGCCACCGAAAGGAUAUAUGUUUUCGGUGGUCAAGGUCCACCUAGGGAAAUCGAAGUUUACGUUGUUCAGCCCGAGCACGGCGUUGCGUAUGGCAUUUGAAGGCCAGUAUUUUUCGGAUGAUGAAACAAAUAAUUCUAUAGAUGAAGAUGAAAUUGAUGAUUCGAAAUCGCUAGGUGACCAGGACUUGGAUUGUGAUUCAGACCCAUUGGAUAAUAAGUGCUAGUACGAUGUUUGACGGUCCUUGUGACAUAUGUUAGUGGUCUUCGUUGACUAUGCAUACCCUUGCUUUACUCUGUACAGGAUACAUGUAAUACCAAUCUUGUGGUUUAAUGGUGUUGGUGUAAC